AUGCCAGGCUUUUUGACCCGGCCCAUCUCACAAAAUGGCCGAGUAAUCACAGCGGGCUUGCUUAAGGCCCUACGAAUACUGAUUCCGGGCAGGCGGGCUCAUUUAGCUCGGUUUGUUUUUCAGGCCCGGCCCAGCGCAAACCCCAGACUGACUGUCAUCCUUAAGGGAGUGUUCUAACGCCGCUCGCUCGCUCUUCUCCCGAGUCUGCAAUUCUCUCUUUUUCAUCUCGUUGCGGCAGAGCGAUUCUGCAAUCGACGAUGACGUCGCUGAUCUCGCCGUCGCAGGGCGCCGCUUUGUUCGCUGGAGCGAGGGGCGGCGGCGGCGGACACCGGAGGUGCAGGAAAUCGCCGAGGAUUGUCAUGACCAACGUCGCCGCUUCAACUGAGCCCAUCACCGUCGUUUCCAGGAACAACGCGUUAUUCCCCGUAAUGGUGCGAACAGAUCUCAGGAGAGCAUUGCAGCUGGAAUGAUCGUUUCUGUUAUUGGCAAUGUUUCUUGAUGGCUUUGCGCCGAAGUCCUGGACCGUACCUCUGUUUUCAGGGUUUGUGAGGGGUUUUGGGGAUUUUGGAAAAUCGUACACCUUGAGAACCCUGCAUCGAUAAUGGUCGCUUGCGACUUCUUGAAGUUUUCUUUGCUGGGCUUCGGGUUUUCAUUGUGUUACUGCGCUUCGGUAUUUUUUUUAACAACUCAUCUUUAUGCGAUACUGAAACUUCAUUUUCUGCUGUGAAAUGUUUGCAUCUUCCUGUUGACAUGCACAUUUGGUGAAAAUAGUAACCUGGUGGCCUUUGUUACUCCUAAAAUUCUUAGAAUCAAAUUUCUGUCCCAGGGACGCGUUGUAUCGAUUUCUCUCUGCUAAUGUUCUCAGGAAAAUAUCAUGAUAUGAUGUGCGGUUGAUUUUGUUAAGUCGUAAGCUCAGUUGACAAGUCCAACCGAUGUCAAAGAUUUAUCAUCUCUUCACAUGUUAAUGGUCGAUCGUUGAGUGACGAGUAUCCCUUCUAAAAAUUGCUUAAAAUUGUAGUUUCCAUUCUGAAAGUUGCAAAUUCAUGACUCAGUGGGUAUCCCUCGUAGAUGCUUUCUUUAUCUAGAAAAAUGAGCUUUUGGUGGAUAUAGUGCAUUACAGUUUCUCUAUCUAGUAUUGAAAAUGCAAGAAAAUCUGUAACAAAUCCCAUGUUACUUUGAUGUAGUAAUUUUGACUUAGCCACAAGCCUCCCAUUUUUAAGUUGCACAAAUUCAAGAAGUGAAUGGUAGUUGUAUCGGUGUAAGUUUCAAACUGAAAGACUACAGUUGCAUAUUACUCAUGUUGUGAUUGUUCAAUCUUGCUAGGUAAAUGGAUGUGCGGGAAAAAUGGGGAAGGCUGUUGCUGAAGCAGCCGUAUCAGCAGGGCUACAGUUAAUUCCUGCAUCAUUUAGCAGUCUGGGUGAAGCAGGUCAGCUGGUCAAGGUGAGCACUACAGAUGUUCGGCUGCAUGGCCCUUCUGAGAAGGAAGAUGUGUUAUCUUCAGUUUUGGAUAAACAUCCAAAUGUGAUCAUCGUGGACUUCACAGUGCCUGAUGCUGUUAACCGUAAGUGCUCUCUGAAUGUCUUAAAAGUUGUGACAUUUUUAUUUCCUUUCUAAAUCAAGCAUUCUGGAUGCCAAAAUCAAAGAUUUAUGAGAGGAGAAACCUUUUAUUAUACCAUUAUAGAGACAGGUCUGAAUUCAAAGGCGAAUUUUUUUUUUAGCUGUCUAUCUGAUGUGUUAGUUAUUUCAAGCCAUCAGUACCAGCCAUGGUUUACCCUGACAAGACGAGAUAAAAUAGGGCAGAACCUGGAGACUGAUGGGAAGCUUGAUUUUUCAAUUAUGUAUAUUUUUGAAUUUAUUGGAUGAUAUCCUUGCGUAAUGCCUGAUUACUAUGUUUUCUGCAGCAAAUACUGAGCUAUAUUGCAAAUUUGGCAUGCCCUUUGUAAUGGGUACAACUGGCGGGGACAGAGAACUGAUGUAUAAGACUGUGGAAAACUCGAAUGUUUAUGCAGUAAUAUCUCCACAGAUGGGAAAACAGGUCUUCUGAGAUUUGGAUUAACAGUUCGAGUCGAUUUUGAAUUUGAUAUUUUUCUUAUUGUACAUAAUAUGGAAAGAGUUACUUCGUCAUAUUGAAUUAUUUUCAGGUUGUUGCAUUUCUUGCAGCGAUGGAAAUCAUGGCUGAGCAAUUUCCUGGGGCCUUCUCGGGCUACUCACUUCAGGUUUAUAUUAUCAUUUUCUUCAAUUCUGAGAAGUUUGUUUGGCAUGUGUCUCAUGAGAGAGAAUCAAAUGAACAAAAAAUCAUUAAUAAACUUUAUACUUCAUUUAGCUAUGUCGUUUAUUUUUCUUUCUGAUGGUUGAAGAGAUAGGUUUGACACAUUUUUUUUGUUCCAAGAUGAAGAUGUUAUACUUUCAUAAGGAAAUUCUACACUCUCCAAAAAAAACUCCUGUGAUACAACAGAACGUUCAUAAAGAUCCCCACCCCAUUGAUAUGGAUGUAUAUUUUCUCUUCUCUCCAUGCUAGUCUCUAGACCUUUUUUUGGGUAUAGUGGUUAGAUGUACAACAAAAGUUGGGGCCAUUAAAAUGUCUGAGCUGUCUUUGGGUCAUUAACCCCUCUGCAUUUGUAUGGGAAUAGAUUUUUCACAAGCCGUUCAUCUCUUCUGUGACAAUUGGGUCUAUUUGUGUUCUGGUUGCUCAUACGCAAUCUGUUAUAUAGGCUUGUUUAUGUAUCAUUUAGCACAAAGAGACUGCUGUUCUUGCCUGUUGAUGGACAAGAACUUAGGAGGCAGAACGUUAUUACCAAUGGAGAUGCAAUGCUGUUGGAAACCGUGGUGUACAGGAUAAUUCUCUGCUAAGACGCUUGUACCAGCUGGAACUGUUGUGGGUUUGUCUGAUGGACGCCAUUUCAUCUUGUGGGAAACAUGAACGCUUCAUCAGUAGUAAAAGGUCAUUAUAGUGAAAUAAUGUAUUUGUGCUUGAGCUUGGGAAGCAACCAAUGUUGGGUUAUUGAUAGCAGAAACAAGUAUAUGAGUUUAAUCAAGUAAAAAAAGUCUUUAUACUGCCACACUAUCAAGCAUUUAGACGUAGAUGUAGAGCAGGGGAAGCAUAGUUAGAACUGUGGUAAAGGUGGCUACAGGUGGAGCAAGUCCUCCCCUCGUCAAUAGGCUUGGAAGCAGCUUUUGGUACUAUCUGGCUUACCACGAGAUUUGGUGGUGUGAGCCAACGAGCCUUAUGAAUUGUCAGCAUGGAUACUACUUUCUAAACUGAACAAGAGAGAUAGAGGCAUUAUCAAAAUAAUGGAUGAUUCUCAAUGCGUGAGGGUGGAUACCUAAUGAUGGACCAUCAUCUACUACUGGAUCAAUUGCUGACUUCUUAUGGGGAAGGUUGCGUCCUGUAGAUUGGUCCUUAUCAUUAGAUGUUCGCAGAGUGUCUCAGUAUCAUCAUAGAGUAAUGCCUGUACAUGACAUGUAUGGAGCAUAAGCCACAUCCACAUGUUUUCGUUGCUUCUAUGCAACUAAUCUGGUAAUAUUGCUGCAGCAUCUUAGCAUGGCAAGGAGACUAAUCCAUUCUUGGAAAAGAUGGGAGCUGCGAUGGAGGCUGACAUCCAUCAAUUCGUCUAAAUGACCACAAAUGUGUUCAGGUUGGGGAUGUUUGGUGAUUACUGAUGUACCUGAGUCAAGGCAUUGGCAAGUGCAUUGAUUGCCAUAUUAGUCAACUCAUUUGCUGCAUGUGCUGUUGGUUGUGUUGGGGAACAACUAAAAUGGCUCUUGUAACAACACCUACUUGUGAUCUAGUGGAGGUUCGGGUGGGUCUGAUAGCAGCUUCUUUCUGGGGGAGUUUGGGGAUAAUGAACCUGUGAAUCUGAGAGAAAAAAUAUGGAAAGAUUGCCUGCCUGCGAAAACAACAAUUUUCUCGGACUAGACGUCCUGUUGCAAAAAAAUUUAAAAUCUUAGGUCUGAUCACGUAACAGGUUUCAAGUAAGAUGUUAUGGAGUUAUAAUUGUUCAAUUGACGAAACCUGGGGAGAUGGAACCAGCUUUCGUGGUGUGCAUUCUUUGGUAACUUAAUAUCAUACUGAAAAUUAGUUUCUAGCUGGGUUAGUUUCUUGGCAUUGAUUACUGUCCCUUUCUGGUUCGUCUUCAUAGUUGACUUGGAUGGAGAUGAUUGAGGUUGUCUGCUAUACCUUUUAAACAUUUUGUACUGCUCAUAUUAGUUUGUAGUUGUGAAACCAUUUCCUUUGACUAACCUACGACAAUUUAUGGUGGAAAGGUCCAAAGUCAGCGGGGUUUUGAGUUCCUAGCUCGAUUUUGGUCGUACUCAUGGUCGAGAUUGUGGUUCUGACCAUGCAUAGUGCUACAAAAGGAGAAGAAACAGAAUGCCUUAUGAUGAAAUGAUACGACUUUAGGACCAUAAUGAGGCUGGCAGCUGUACACAUUGACAUCUUUCUCAGAACCUGCUCCUGUAAAUCUGGUGUUUGAUCGUUGACAACCUUCAUCCAGCUUAUGAAAAACCCUGCUGCUCUCUCCAAAUGGGCAAAAUUCUGACUUUCAAGCAAGCUGGCUUUUUUUUUUUUUUUCUCUCCUUCCUGGGGAGACCUUAAGUCACUGAAUUUAUUUACAUCAUUUCUUCUCCUCUCCCAUUGGCCGUGACGAUUCUUGUGAUACAAUCAAUUCUAUAGAGCACCUAUCCUCCUAUCCUUCGAUUCUUCUAUCGUGUUCUUGGCUAUUACCAAAAGAAGGGCAGCACUUUGAUGAUAUUUGUCUCUGUGAUGCUUCACCCUUUUCAGGUGAUGGAGUCUCAUCAGUCAACCAAGCUAGACACCUCUGGGACGGCAAAGGCGAUCAUUUCAUGCUUUAAUAGGCUGGGCGUCUCAUUUGAAUUGGAUCAGGUGCCAUAGAAAGAACCCUGAAAACGAUUUCCAUUUUUAUCAUCUCCACAAGAAAAUCCCCAUCUCUGAAAGGUUUUGGGAUAUAUAUAUAUAUACAUAUACCUCCCUUGUUGCAGAUCCAGCAGAUCAGGGAUCCUAGGAAGCAGCUCGAGGUGGUGGGCGUCCCCGAGGAGCACCUAUCCGGCCACGCUUUCCAUCUCUAUCAUCUGACUUCACCAGAUAACACGUAGUUGACUUUCACCCGAGCUUGUUUGACCUUGAAAAUUUGUGGUUCUUGUGCUGACUCUGCGUGAUCUUCAGGGUGUCCUUUGAAUUCCAGCACAACGUCUGCGGGCGAUCAAUCUAUGCCGAAGGGGCCAUUGAUGCUGCGAUUUUCCUCGCCAAGAAGGUGGUGGUGCCCUGUUCAGAGAAGAUCUGCAAGCAUUUCCUGCUCAUUAAGGGGUGAAUUGAUCAUGAAUUGGGUUGAUUACAGGUCCAGGCGAAGGCGGAGAAGAAGAUCUACGACAUGAUCGACGUCCUCCGGGAGGGCAACAUGCGAUGA